GCCCCCGGGCGCUGCACCGCAGCCUGAGAGAGGUUCAGCAUGAGCGUGCUGUGGAGGUCCGGGGCUGGCCGGCUCUGCGCGGCCGCGCGCUCGGCCAUUCCUUGUAUUUGGAGAGGGAACUACUUCAGCUCCGGGAAUGAGCCGGCAGAACAUAAUCCGGUGACUCCGAUGCUGCGGCAUCUUAUGUACAAAAUAAAGUCUACUGGCCCCAUCACUGUGGCCGAGUACAUGAAGGAGGUGUUGACCAACCCAGCCAAGGGUUAUUAUGUGUACCGUGACAUGCUAGGAGAAAAAGGAGAUUUCAUUACUUCACCUGAAAUAAGUCAGAUCUUUGGGGAGCUACUAGGGAUAUGGUUCGUGAGUGAAUGGAUGGCUGCUGGAAAAAACACAGCUUUCCAGCUGGUGGAACUGGGCCCAGGUAGGGGUUCCCUCAUGGAAGAUAUUUUGAGGGUGUUCAGUCAGCUUGGAUCCGUGCUGAAAAACUGUGACAUUUCGAUACAUCUGGUAGAGGUGAGCCAAAAAUUGAGCGAGACUCAAGCACUGACACUGACUGAAGAGAAGAUCCCUUUAGAGCGCGAUGCUGGGUCCCCCGUGUACAUGAAAGGUGUUACUAAGUCUGGGAUUCCAAUUUCCUGGUAUCAAGAUCUGCAAGAUGUUCCAAAAGGGUACAGCUUUUAUCUUGCACAUGAAUUUUUUGAUGUUCUUCCUGUGCAUAAGUUUCAGAAAACACCACAAGGAUGGCGAGAAGUAUUGGUUGAUAUUGAUCCGCAAGUUUCUGAUAAACUAAGGUUUGUUUUGGCGCCUUGUGCUACCCCGGCAGAAGCCUUCAUACAACAUGAAGAAACAAGGGAUCAUGUGGAAGUGUGUCCCGAGGCUGGUGUUAUUAUUCAGGAACUUUCUCAGCGCAUUGAACUAACUGGGGGAGCUGCACUGAUAGCUGAUUAUGGUCACGAUGGAACAAAGACAGAUACCUUCAGAGGGUUUUGUGGCCACAAGCUCCAUGAUGUCUUACUUGCCCCGGGAACAGCAGACCUCACAGCUGACGUGGACUUCAGUUAUCUGCGCAGAAUGGCACAGGGAAAAGUGGCCUCUCUGGGUCCAGUAACACAACAAACAUUCUUAAGAAAUAUGGGUAUUGACGUCCGGCUGAAGAUUCUUUUAGAUAAAUCUGAUGAGCCAUCAGUAAGGCAGCAGUUACUUCAAGGGUAUACUAUGUUAAUGAAUCCUGAGAAGAUGGGAGAAAGGUUUCACUUCUUUGCUUUGCUGCCUCACCAGAGACUUCACGGUGGCAGUCGUCAGCUGAAGUCGUGCCAGUCCAAACCCUCAGCAGCACCUGUAGCUGGGUUUGGUGAGCUUGCCUGGCGGUGAUAUUUCAGUGUGGACUUUUUAAACCCCUGUUUGCCUAAGAAAUCAAAAUAAAGAACGCAUUUGUACAUCACAGGUAACCAAA